UUCCCCAGAAGCAAGAAACUUAGGAUGUGGCUAGUGGGGUAAGGCGGUCUAAGCUACUCGCGUGUUCUCAGAGCCACACUAUCUCGUGUAGCACGGGCCGUCAGUAAUACAGUACUGUACCUACAUCCCCCCCACCGACUCACGACUGGAAACGCGGCUCAGCGACUCCGCGACUCACCAGAGAUCCAGCCGCGAAACACCACCGCAGCGCAACCCGCCGUCCGACGGACGACUCGUUCCAUUCCCGCGCAUUCUCACCUCCGCUCCCUCCUCCGUUCCCUAAGCACCUGUUGAACCCAGUAGGGCUCGCACGACUGCCAUCCAUGGCGCAGGCCCGCGCUAACUCUUGAUUCGUCGACUCUUUACCCAUCCAUCCAUCCAUCCAUCUAUCCACGCAGCCCAGUAGUACUUUCAGACCGUACCAGGUUCGGAAGCAGCUGACGUGUGAGGAAUCUAAACAGUCAGUAAAAAACCUUCGAGGCCUUGCGUCGUCCAUGUAGCGCCGUUAAUAGUUCCUUCGGUGCCGCGGCAGUCGGAAUGUGCUACACGCUGUCCGCCGGCAUGAUGCCGCCGUCAACUCGCCCGGGCCGUGGCCGUUAACGGAGUGUAAUAGCAGACGGUAUCCGCCACUGACAAUGGCGUCGGAAUCUGCGAGUUCCGACGAGUUGCUUCGAGUUGCUGCUGUCAUCCGUAACGGUCAGCAGCACUCGCCGUCGCCGUCGCCGUCGCCGUCGCCGCUAGUAGUACCUUCGCCGCUGCUUCCGCCACCGCCGGCGCCGCCGUCGCCGUCUGCAUCUCUAGACGUGAGAGGCCGGUGCGGUUACUGUACGGGAGAGGCUGUUACCGGCAUAGGCGGAAAGGGGAGAGCGGAGGGCGGAAGCAGAGGCGGCGGAAGGAAGGGGAGAGAGAGCAGAGGGGGCUGUGGGAGCAGCGCUAGUAGUAAUUGCAGCAGUGUUAAUAAUAGUGAUAUAGAUAGUAGUGAUGUAAAUAGUAGUACUAUAGAUAGCAGUGCUUUUAUUAGAAGUACUUCGCGCAGGAGUAUGAUUAUAGAGAGCGGUGCUACCAGGAGCAGUGGGGCGGUAGGUAGCUAUAGCGGAAGCAGCAGCAGUGCUAGUAGCAGUGCCAGCGCUGAUACUUGCGUGGUGCCAACGAUUGCGUCUAGUAUAGUUAAGGAGCGCGCUGGUCGUUCGCCCGGAGGCAGCAAUGCCGAAGCAGCUUGUAGCGAGUCAGUGGCGCAAAAGCGACCCUAUUCCAGGCCGAGAAACGGCAGGUGUGGCAGCGGCAGGCGUGGCAGCAGCAGGCGUGAAUCCCCCAUGUCUCGACAGCAGACCCCAACGGCUGUCAGACCGACUGAGUGUAGACAAUGGGCUGGAGGUUCGCUGGCAGAGAGCGACAGAAAGGGCGGUGGACUAGAGAGCGGUGAUGAGAUCUGUAGACCACAGCCACGGCCGCAGCUGCAGCGCAGACGGGCAUGGCGGAGGGCUCAGCCCGCGUGCUCUGUUUCCUCCUCUUGGCUGUCCUACCUUGCGUCCAUCGCCCUGCUCGCCAUCGCGGCUGCCGUGACCAGCGGUGGGAUCGUGAGCCUACCGGCUACAGCAGCUGCACAGGGCCUUGGGCCACAAACGGAUGUCUUGGUGGCGCUGAAGCAGGAGUGGGGCACGGCAUUCCCAGCAGCGGCGUCGUGGACGGCAGGGGCGGAAUGCUCGUCGCUGGUCGGGGUGACCUGCGACGAGCACAACCAGUUCAUCCUCAGGCUCGUGCUGGAUUCGCAGGGCAUCAGCGGGUCCAUUCCCGAGGUCAUCACCGGGCUUAGCUUCCUCCGAGUGCUAUCCGUCUGGGACAACGAGCUCACUGGCCCCUUACCGUCUUUCAUCAGCGCCUUUGCAUCUCUCUCAGAGCUCAACUUGGGGAGCAACCAGCUCACUGGGUCCCUCCCAGCUACACUGUCUGUCCUCACCUUGCUUCAGACGAUGGACAUGAGUGGCAACCAGCUUGAGGGGCCAGUACCUUCGGAGCUCACCGCGCUGACCGCCCUUCAAGACCUGCGCCUGCAGAGCAAUCGGCUCACAAGCAGCCUGCCAGUGGAGCUUAGCAAGCUGACGGCUCUCAGCAACCUGAUGCUUGACAGCAACUUCUUUUCGGGCUCUCUGCCUGAAUCCUGGACGGAGUUGACUCUGCUUCAAGAACUCCAUGCGUCGCGCAACUGGCUGUCUGGCAGUGUCCCAAGCUCAUGGACUGCACUCAGUAGGCUCAGCGUCCUAGACCUGGGUUACAACAUGCUGUCUGGCUCCUUAUUCGGAUUCAAUUUCCGCAGCAUCCCUAGCCUCGCUCAUCUUCUGUUAAAUGGUAACAGUUUGGAGGGGCCCCUUCCCACUCAAUUCCUCAGCCUCAAAACCAUUGCGCUGGGCGGCAACGCCUUCACUGGCGACUUCCCUGAGUCCUACAGCAUUGCCUCCCUCCAGCACCUCAACAUCAGCCACAACCUGUUGGGUUCCGUGCUCCCAGCCUCCCUAUCAACCUUCCAGUCCCUCCGAGUGCUAGACAUUUCAGGAAACACUUUUUUCGGGCAGUUUCCUAUACUGCCUGCAAUGCUGGAACACCUGGACAUCGGCAACAACAUGAUGUUUGGGCCCAUACCGCCAUCAAUCACCACUCUCAAGCAGCUCUCCUUCCUCUCUGCUGACAGCUGUGGACUCCAUAACAGCGAUGUGGCUCUCCUCCCCGCCAUCACCUCCCUCAAGCACCUGUCACUGAAUGGCAACAGCGCCAUCUCAUCGCUGCCCGAUGCACUCACCAAACUCACCGCCCUCACAGCACUGCACGUGUGCAAUGUCAGCAUAUCUGGGGCCUUUCCUACCGGUGCUACGUCUACCCUUUCCAAGCUCGCGCACCUGAGCCUUUGCGGCAAUAUUCUUGGGCCCGGGCUGCCCAGCGAGCUUGCAAAACUCAAGGAGCUGACUGCAAUAAAUGUGGCCGACAACAGAUUCACAGGGAUUGUUCCCGGCACCUUAUUCUCGCUGCCCCUCCUUCAAUACAUCGACCUGAAUGGCAAUGGCUUUGUGGGGUUGGCUCUUCCAGCUGGUGCCAAUCUUGCGCCGCUCAAGACUCUCAAGUUGGGCAGCAACAAGCUCUCUGCAAUCCCUCCCUUCGUGUCCUCUCUUGCUGCCUUGCAGCACCUUGACGUGAGUAACAACAGUCUCUCGGGCCCACUUCCACCCAUCGUCACUACACUGGCAACUUUGCAGCACUUGGACCUGAGCCGCAACAGCCUGGCAGGCGAAUUCCCCAUGACCUUGUCUUCCCUUUCGUCUCUCGAGCACCUAGACCUCUCUCGCAACAAGUUUGAGGGCAUGUUGCCGACUCUCACGGAUCUUUCCCUCUUGACAACCGUAAAUCUGGGGUUCAACAGCUUCUUUGGCCCUGUGAUUACCGCUCUGGGCAGCAUCAGCAACCUCCAAGAGAUUAAUCUGCAGAGCAACAGUCUGCAGGGGCAGCUUGACCCGGGCUUCAGUGACUUCACGGUUCUCAAGACACUUGUGUUGUCUGACAACAGCAUCCAGGGUGCACUACCAACUGGCUACUACCAAAUCGCCAGCCUGCAGCAUCUGGACAUGAGCAGCAACCAGUUCUCAGGCUCGCUUCCCAAUGUGUGGAAGUCCCUCGCCAGCCUCAAAACCUUGAACCUCUCGCGCAAUGGCCUGACUGGUAGCGUCCCGGACCAAUGGAGUGACCUCAGCAGCCUUACUGCUCUUGAUCUGUCGUACAACAAUCUGGAGGGCGAUCUUACGACGUUUAUCGUGGAGGCCUUGACUUACCUUGCACACCUUCGCCUGAACGACAACACUUUCAAGGGCCCAAUGCCGACGCACUUCACAGUGCUUUCGCGCCUCAACACCGUGUCCCUCAGUAACAACGCCUUCUUCGGCGAUAUUUCAGGAUUCUUCGGACGCUUUCCCAUGCUCACUUAUGGCAACCUCAGCCACAACCAGCUCUUUGGUCAAUUGUCAGAGGAAUUCGCAGGCGCCCGAGCUCUUCAAGUGCUGGACAUGUCCCACAACAUGAUUGGAGGGGACCUAAACUUCAUGAACGUUCUCAGUGCAUCUACCAUCAAAUACCUGGACCUUUCCUACAACGAGAUUGCGGGCCAAAUGCCCUGGCAGUUGUCACUUUUAACGGUCCUAGAGCAUCUCGACAUCAGUGGCAACACCAUCGAGUUGUUCGGUAGCGACAAGGCUGGAUACUUGCCGCCCACCAUCACAGCCUUGAGCUCGCUCUCCUUCAUUGCGCUGGGCACCAGCACACUUCAGGACGUGCUUCUCUUCCCCUCCUUCACCAAGCUCAAGCACCUGUCACUGAGUGGCAGCGGCAUCUCAUCGCUGCCUGGUCAACUCACCCGACUCACUGCCCUCACUUCACUGGAUGCAUCUGGCAUCGGCCUGACAGGCCCCUUCCCACCUGCAGUCACCUCCUUCUCUCUCCUUGUUCACCUCAACCUGUCCAGCAACAACCUGGAAGGCGCCAUACCCGAUAAGCUUGCCUCGCUGCGCUUUUUAAAGACACUGAGCCUUGAGAACAACGUGCUCCAGGGCAACAUUCCGGGGAAGCUGCUUGCGCUUCCCCUGCUCCAAUCACUCAUCAUGCGCAACAAUUCCCUGACUGGUGUCACCUCCCCAGGGCCCAUCCCAACGCCAAGUCUCCAGAUCCUUGACCUGGGCUACAACAAGCUGACCGCCAUCCCUGAUUCAGUUUUUGACCUCACCACCCUCCAGCACCUGUACCUGAACGGCAACCUCAUAUCAGGCACUAUCCCAAUGGACCUCUCUGCUCUCGUCACUCUCAGCACACUGUGGCUGAACAACAACCACCUGUCAGGGACCAUCUCCCCCUUCUUCUUGACCCUUGGCAACCUUGUGACGCUCAAUCUGGCCCGGAAUCUGCUGACGGGGGAGAUCAGCGAGAACCUCUUCGAGACCCGCGGAACUGCCAUCUCGCGGAGCAGGGCAGGCCAUGCUGCGACUGAGGGGGAUGGCCGUCCGCUGCAGCUGCAGAGCCUGUACCUCAAUGACAACUUUCUGAAUGGCAGCAUUCCCUCCUCAAUUAACAGGCUUCGACAGCUCGAUGACCUCCAGCUGCAGAACAACCGGCUAACUGGGCCCAUAGACAGCGUUGCCACUCUUAACAACCUCAGAAGCCUCCAGGUGGCCAACAACGACCUCUCGGGUACCAUUCCAGCAACCAUUGGAGGCAUGCUGCAGCUUGAGAUCCUGGACAUGAGUGGCAACCGACUGAGUGGGGAGAUUCCUGAGGACUUCACAGGCCUUAUCAAGCUCACAGUCCUCAACCUGCGGGAAAACCAGCUCACGGGCCGGCUACCCGACCCCCCACCCAACAUCCGCCAAUACCAACUAGACAAGAACUACUUCACGCAGGGCCUCUCCUCCCCGCCCAACUGCUCAGCCGUCAUCUCCUUCCGCGGCAACUGCCUCAGCCUCUCUGAGCCCGCGAUCGCCUGCCCUGGGGACAAGCAGCAGCCACCCGAGGUCUGCUCGUCAUUCUGCGGGCUCUCUGCCACGGAACCCCCGUGCAACGGCCAUGGCGAGUGCCUCCUGGAGGGUCCCAGCAAGGUGCCAGUGUGCAAGUGCGACGUCGGGUUUAAAGUCGGGGAGUACAGGGGGAGCUGUGUGCCAUUGGUCGGGGGGUCCACGUUGAUUGCUCUGGAGCCCGUUGCAGUGCCGUCUGCGCUGACUCCGUAUGGGGAUGCGAUCGUGGGCGCUGUGAACAAGUCAUUCACUCUCACGCCCGCUGAAGCGGGCACGAGUGGCGCGGUGUUUCUCUCGGCGCGAGUGCCGCUCUUCUCCUACCAGCUCGUUGCUGACAGCUGUGGCCGCGAGCUUGCCUUCUCCUCCUCCUUCGCCUUCACUCUCGCCCGCCCCGCCUCCUCCCCCUCCGGCUCCGACGGCUUUGCCUUUGUCGUGGCCUUUGACGCCACCCCCCCGGCAGAGGCGGUGGCAGGCGGCAUGGGGUAUGCCGGGAUGGGCGGGCGCAGCGUGGCUGUUGAGUUUGACACGUGGCAGGAUGAGGGCAACAAGGACCUGGACGGCAACCAUGUGGGCAUCAAUACCGGCGGCAAUGCCAUGUCGGUGGUCACGGCCGCCGCCCCCACCCCUCUCAACGACGGCACGCCAAAGUAUGCCUGGAUCGAUUACGACCCCUCCGCUGCUGCCGCCGCUGCUGCUCCUGCGGCUGCUGCUGCCUCCCUGCGUGUCUUCCUCUCCUCCAAGCCAUCCCCCCGUCCAACCAAGCCCGUCCUGUCUGCGAGGUUGUCCCUGUGCGGCAUUCUGCAGCCCAGCAGUUCGGAGUACACCUUUGCCGUGGGCUUCACGGCAGCCUCAGGCACCCAGGCUCAGAGCCACGUCAUCUCGUCCUGGUCCUUCGCCACUCGUUUCCCGCAGCAACCCUCUAAACGUGGUGGCUUGCCUCUGGGGCUGCGUGUGAGCGAGGCGGCGAUCAGUCCAUCGGGCAUGAACACGCUGUUCCGCUACGCCAGCGCGGGCAUCUUGCCGCAGGAGGGUGGCGACGGUCGCGACCAGUACGAAGUGCACCCCACCUCCACGUGGAUCCGCGACGACCUGUUCUGGCCCGUCAAGCAACAGACAGCCUGCGGUGACUGCUGGGCGUACGCGGUGGUGGGGGCCAUCGAAGCCGCCUACAGCAUCAUGGCGAACCUGUCGGUGGCGCCGCCGCUCUCUGCGCCGCAGCUGCGCGCCUCCAUGCGCGCCGACUGCCAGGGGGGGUCGCCCUCCCAAGCCUUCAGCUUCCUCCUAAACAGCAGCCGCGGGAGGAAGGGCGCGGAGAGGGGGAGCUCGCCCAAGGACGAUGCGCGGCGCAACGCGCUAGCGAUUGGGGUUGCUGCAAAGCAGAGGCAGGAGAGGAGCCCUCUGUGCAUGGCUCCGCUGAUUCCUCUCCUGAAGCUUCUCGGUAUUACCUGCAACAGCAAGGGUGUCACCAAGCAGGCAUUGACUGGCGAUCUUCACAUCAGCGGCUUUGAGUCCACGGCCUUCUAUGGCUGGCUUGGGCUACUGCUGGCAGUGCAGCGACAGCCAGUGGUGGUGCACAUUGAGGCAACGGCUGCAUCUUUCAAGGACUAUGAUGGGCUAUCCAAGUACCAGGACCCCGCGUGCUUCACGUACAACCUGAACCACGUGGUGCUGCUGGUGGGGUACCGCCUGGUGGGCAAGGACACCCGCUUCCCCAACAUGGCGCCGCCCUAUUGGAUCAUCCGCAACUCAUGGGGCGCGGAGUGGGGCGAUGGGGGCCACAUGCGCAUGGACAUCCAGGGGGGCGACGGGGUGUGCGGCAUCAACUCCCUGCCGGGCCUCUACCCCAUCGUCAGAGCGACAAAGGACCCGUGCAAUAUUGCGGCGAGGAGGGACGCCCUGGGGUCGCUCUUCAACCCAUGCGGCAAAUUCACCUGUGAGGUGGACGGCGACACCAACCGGUGCCACUGCAACGACUCCAGGUUCAUCGAAGCCACGAACGCCGAUGGCUCCCGCACAUGCGCCUACAUUGACGCGUGCAAGGUCGCAUACAGGAAUCCCUGUGGACCGGGCACGUGUGUGAAUGACGGGGCGGGGUCGUACUCGUGUGUGUGUCCUCCGGGCUUCAGGCAGGGCACCACUGUGGACGGCACUCUCUCCUGCGCUCCAGGUGACACGCGCAGCCGCUUCACGGUGACAGCUCCCAACAUCUUCUGCUCUGACAUCUACUCCCUCUACGGCCUCUCGCUUGGGCAGUUCCACUUGCAGAAUCCCUCUGUGGUGGACUGCACCUCGCCUCUGCCCAUCGGCACGGUGCUUGUGCUCAACCCACCGCCCUCACUCGCACCCUGCUCCGUCUUCUACACGACCACGGAGGGCGACACAUGUCUGUCCGUGGCCCAGUACUUUGACCUCGCCGACCACUGCUCGUUUGACGUCCCCUGCGAGGCAGCCUUCCAGCUCCUCAACCCGGGGGUGGACUGCUCGCUAGAAGACGGCCUGCAGCCAGAUCAGGCGGUGUGUGUGGAGCGCAGCGUGGAGGCAGCGGGGCUCAUCCCGGUGUGCUCGCAGUACUACCUGGUGCAGAGCGGCGAGACGUGCGAGGCCAUCCGCAACGUGCCCAACCCGCCUCUCUCCCCCGUUGACUUCUUCCGCCUCAACCCCGGCAUCAAGUGCAACCGCCUCAUUCCAGAAACCGGCCUGGACAUAAGCACGGGAUUUGAGGCAUGUAUACAGGCUUCCGACCGCUACACCGCCGGCACCUGUCCCAAGACCAAGGGGUACGUAGCAAGCGCCAGCGACCGCUGCAGCUUCAUCCAGCUCAAGUACUUCAAGGGCAUCCGAGGCUGCUACAAGCGCAUCAACGGCUACGAUUGCCUUGAUAAGAUCCCAACAGGCAGCAGAAUCUGCCUGCCAGAUCAAGGCAGAAUUCGCCAAGGUAUAUGCACAGUAUGAUAGCUGGGUUUCAUGCUUACUGUCUGUUUCCGUUCCGUAGUCUGUAUAUUGUAGCUCUAGCAGUGUGUUCUAUGCCUGGUACAUCAUUUAGUGCAUGCACUACAUGUAUAACAGCAUUUAUAUAUAUAAGUGAUCAACCUC